AACUGCCAACUGGUCAUACUGUUUUUGGUCACACUCACUGCUACCUGUUUGAUUUCGUUUAAUUUAUUUAUUUGCGUUUUCUUGUUUAUUCACCGUUUAUUUAUUUUUGUUUUAGUGGAAGUGUAAUAAAAAAUCCCUAAAAAUGGCCCGUUACUUCAAAGAACAGGAUAUUGAUGAGUUCCGCGAGUGCUUUUAUCUGUUUGCCCGUUCGGGCCAAAUCAACAAUUUGGACGAACUAACUGUUAUUAUGCGUUCUUUGGGUCUUUCACCGACGAUCCAAGAACUGGUUUCCUACCUGAAGCAGAAGAAUGGAAAAAUGAGCUUUGCCGAUUUUUUGGACAUAAUGCACCAGCACUCGAAGGUGGAGAGCUUGCCGGACGAGGUCAUUGCCGCCUUUAAGGCAGCUGAUCCCCAGAACAAGGGCACGAUCUCUGCCAGGCAGCUGCGCAAUCUUCUCCAGAAUUGGGGCGAGGGUCUGUCCGUGCGUGAGGUCGACAACAUUUUCCGGGAAGCCAAUGUAAACAACAAUAGCACUGUACGGUAUGCAGACUUUGUCAAGAUUGCCUGCGCCCCAGUCCCAGAUUACUAUUAGACUAUACAAACAUGAAACUUCAAUUACAAAACCAUUUCAUUAAAGUAGUACCCAGUGGCGGAUUUACCAUAUAGGCAACAUAGGCAGCUGCCUAGGGCGGCAAAUUUCGACUGUUAACACUACAUAAAAUACUACUUUUGAAAAUUAGGCUGCAGUCUAGGGCGGCAAAAUCAAAACUGCCUAGGGCGGCAAAUUGUCUUAAUCCGCCCCUGGUAGUACCCCGAAAUUUGCACAAUAAAGUUGGCUACACAAGUUUUGGAAAA